CCCAGAGGAGCCCCUGUUGGAGACAGAAACCAACAAUCUUUCGUCCACCAAUUCUUAUGCGCCAUGUGCGCCAUGCUCCAGAACCUCCCCCCAGAACUCGUCCAACAAAUCACGGGCUCGGUUGGAGACGCCGACAUCCUCCAUCUGCGCUCCACAUGCCGGCAGCUGUAUGAGAAGACGUUUCCGGCCUUCGCAACCGCCUUCUUCGGCUGCGUGACCGUGGACCUCUGCCCAAAGCCCCUCGAGAGGCUCCGCCAGAUCGCCGACGACGAGAGACUGCGCCUGUACGUCCGUAAACUCGUCGUCGGCGAACUGGCCAAUGGCUGUCCGAACCCGCCACGACACUUACCGGGAACGGGCCAUUGCUGGGCCCGCGACCCGUCGACGGGCUGCCUCGACCCUUCGUCCCCCGUCAUUUGCGAUCUCCGCGCAAUCGUCUCGAGGCUCGUCAAUUGCUACUCCGUCGCCGUGCGGGAUGAAAACGAGGCGAACGAGGAGCUGCGAGAGCCCAGCGAAACGGGGGGUCUCUUGCUCAUGGACACGGUGCACGUCGCCCUCCUUCUUGCCAACGGCCUCCAGACCAUCAGAUCCUUCCAGAUUGUGCAUGAGCCCUCCAUGAUACACGGGUACACGCGCAGCCUGCUGCCUCGUAGCGUGGCAGGUUCGCUCGGCGAGUCUUGGGCGAGCAACCUCGUGGAUCUGCAUCUCCAGUGGUAUUCCAUGCACGACCCCGACUCGCUGCUCGUGCUUGUCGAUCUCGUCCUAGGAGCCAGGUCCCUCCGUAAGCUCUGCAUGCGCGGGGCCCCGGCCGAGUUCUACCGCCGCCUCGCCGCCGCCCCGCCCGACGACCUCCCGCUCACCGUCCUCGACGUCAGACAUGCCCCCCGCGACAUGACGUCGGACGUGUUGGCCUCUCUCACGUCGCGCUUUCGCCGCACGCUCGAGCACCUGUACGUUCGCCACGUCCGCCUCAGCGACCCCGAGAACUGGACCGCCGUGCUGCGGGAUUGGGCGCGCAACCUCGGGCAUCUCAAGUCAUUUGGUGUGCAGACCCUGCUCGGCAAGGCAGGACGAAAGAUGCUGCUCUUCAGUCCCAUCCUCGAGUGGGAGGGGAUGCCGACGGCGGGCCGGGUGCAGUUCACCACCAAGCGAGCUGCCGCCCACGCGACCCGGCGCGAGGUCGACGGCGUCCGGUACGAAAACCGCACCAGGGUCGAGGACGUACAGAGUGUACUGCGGGAACUGGCUGACUGUUCUUAUUUGCUUCCUGGUUUUCGCCCCAUUACCAGCGGGAUGGUGAGCACUCGCGGUGAGUAUAGGAUCGGCGGGGGGCUCCUAGCUGAGGAGGUGCGUGUGCUUCAUUCCCCUGACGCGAGCUUGUGAUUUUCGUUACCGCCGAAUAUAUGGAAGCAGCCAAAUCAACUUGAUCCCGCGCAGUUACCUUUCUCAAGCUGUGCUCAUCCGGCCUGGUUCGGGUCUAGGUGCAUCCAGUUACAUGCUGUAGGGUUUCGUCAGGGUCUCUACAACAACUCGUGAGGCCUUGCUGUUCUGCCUUGCGGGUCUUGCUAGUCUGGGGUGACAGGACGGGCGAGCUUUGCCCAACUCGGGGAAGACAUCUGGUGCAUGUGGUCCACUUGACACCUUGUUCGCUGAAGGGCUGCUUACCUGAGGCAUGGUUGACUGAACUGAUAUGAAUAGGGGUGGUGGCAGGCAUAAUAACAACUGUUGGGCGUUGAACAUGUACCUAGGGAGAUGGACCGGGAUUUCCGGAGGGCCAGACAAGUAAACACGACCCUGUUUGAAUUGGAAGUGCCGAAGGCUCUUAGGCCUAGCUCAAAUCUGGACUACAGAGCAAGAUCAAUUC